CCUUCCGUAACAUAUUUGUGCUAGAACUAAUAGAUCGGCGAUUAGGUGUAAUUAAGUGCUUGUCAAAAAGGUAUUUGGAUCUCCUCCUCAAUGAUCCCCGCGGCUCUGAAACCUACGAUGGACUCCCUCAACGCUGUUUUCAGCUUCUUCACCAACCAGAAGACAAAAAUCGGGUAUGGUGCUAUGGCCAUCGCGACCUUUAGCGGAGAGAGAAUGUUCACGCUUUUAUCCUUCCAGUGUCCGUGCACUGUAAAGCAGAACCUGGCUUACGGGCUCUUAUACCUGUUUGGACCGGCGCUCGUGCUCUUCAUUCUCUGCCUUUUCCUAAGUACGCGCCUUUGGCGCCUCUACACGGGCUGUUGUCUCAAUCCCAGAAAACUCUGUCCACACAGGUGGAACUGCACAGGCUGCUUGUACGUGCUUGUUAGUGUUCUCGUUGGAGCGCUCGUGGCGCCGAUCAUGUGGCUGAGCAUCGCGUUGCUAAACGGCGUGUUCUACGAGUGUGCGGUGAGCGGUAUGAAUGAGCAGGUGGUUGUAGACUGGUUUUGUAAAAACAGGAACACCACGUGCAAGGAUGAGCUCGCCAAAGUCCCGUGUCAAACGUCCAACAUGUCAGCAGCAGACACCGAGGAGCUCCUGCUAAUGCUACACGCCCAGUCUCAGAUCCUCGGCUGGGCCCUGAUCAUGAUCUCUGCUUUGGCUGCUAUGAUUGGCACAUGUUACAAAAACUGCUGCUCUCGAGUGAGCUACCUGCAGCUCACUUUCUUUAAAGUGUACCAGCAGAAAGAGAGCGAGAAUUUCGAAGCCUUCGUAGACGAGUACGCCACCCGGCUGGCAGAGAGGAACCUCAAGAGCUUCUUUGAGAACAAAGACCCCGAGGCGUUUCCUUUUCCAAAGCACACAGCCUGGGAGCAGAUCUCCUCCAUGUACACAUAUAAACGUGGCGAGCAGUAUUACAGCACGCUGCAGAGAUUCGUGGAGAAUCCUAAUCGUGACUACACUCCGGAGGAAAUGCCAUUAGAAAGAGAACAGAGCCUUGGAUAG